UACGUUUAGCCAAUGGAUGACCACGUUUCGAUCAAAUGGCGAGGUUAAAGGUCAAAGUAAUGGCGGCGGUCAAAACAUAAACAUUAUUCUGUCCUGUUUGAGAAAUGGGUCUGUUAUCGCGGACAGUGGUGAGACCGUGGGAGUGGAGCCAGAGACACUUCUGGGGGUGGCUCAAUGCUGUUUUCAACAAGUGAGACAUCUUCCGGUGUUUCUACAGCUGUGCACAGACAGGCAGAUCCAGGGGUGGAUCAUGAGAGGAUCAAAGCUGUCGGUCCGGACCGAGCUGCAGCAGAGUGGCUGCUGAGGUGUGGUGCCAAAGUGAGGUUUGAAGGUUUUGAACGCUGGCAUCAUGACUACAACGGACUGCCAACGGGGCCUCUUGGCAGAUACAAGAUCCAGGCUAUUGAUGCCACCGAAUCGUGCAUCAUGUACCGGGGCUUCGACUACCUGGAUGGAUUAAAGCAUGUGGAAGAAAUUAAACUCAAAAAGUGCAUCUACAUUGAGGACACAUGCUUGGAGAGACUGAGCUCAGUGGAAAACCUCCAGCAGAGCCUGUACAUGAUGGAGGUGGUCUCCUGUGGGAACGUGACUGAUAAGGGCCUCAUCGCCCUGCACAAGCUCAGGAACCUGGAGUACCUGUUUCUCUCUGAUCUUCCUGGAGUCAAAGACAAGCAGGUGACUGUUGACAGACUGCAGACGGCUCUUCCACGUCUGGACAUAACGCUGGAUCUGGACUGACCGUGGAGAAGAUUCCUGCUCUUACGUGUGCAUUUUAGUCCUCAAACUCAUCCGACUCUCACAGUUCUGGACAACCCACAACAUGAACUGAUUUUCAGAAUAAAAGCAUUAGGCUGGAAAAGCAGCCAGGACAUUUUCCUUUAAAGAAACAGCACUACUCAUUAAUGCUGACGCCAGAUCUCUUUGACAUUUUCUCUUUUAUUUAAAGUUAUUCCAUAAUGAGCGUACAUAGAACCGUGUGUGAAAAUGUUUAGGACUUAAAUCUUUUCUUAUUUAUAUAAGUUUGGCAAUUUUUUGAAGGCCAACAGAAGUUUGAGGACAUCCUUUGCACCAAAGUUCCAGAUUCAGACAACAUGUGAUUAUUAUUAUUACUGCUGACAAACGCGAGUAACGGUGGGUGAAAUGAGUGGAAUAAUGCAGUCAUAUCAAUAAAUAUUAUUUUCAAAAAUG